AUGAGAGCAGGGGCGGAGCUAGAGGAGGGCCCGGGGGGGCCACUGGGAAACGGUACGUCGGCCAGUCAGACUAGCCGGGGAUACACUGUACGAGUUUUUCAGUCAUGGUACUUAUAUACAUCUUUCAAACUGUGCGACGGAACCGCGGGGUUUAAAAGUUCACCGCUCACCAUCUGUGUUCUAACACUGUACGGCGCGACGCUCGGACGCGACCGGAGUGCUCAGACUGUACCUCGUGCCCCCUCCGGAAGAGGGGGGAGAGUUGGGUACCCGCCGGCGCCAGGCGUGGGGGCGAACGGAGGGGAGAGAGGAGAGACGAGACGCCCCGGCGGCCGCGCGGCACGGCAGACCGCCCGGCCCGCACCCCCACGCGAGCGGAGGCGUACGGAAACAGACGGCCAGCGCGUAGCGCGGACCGGAACGCUCGCCCUCCCCAACCAACCCCCGAGACCGGGCCGGGCUGAAGUCGCUUCGGGGACGCAGAAGCAAAAAUUCAAUCAAAGGAGGAGUCAGAAAACACAGAGAGCUCUGCAUCUGACCAGGAUGAUGAGGAGCCAGAAGGGCCUGUUGCAGGAGAUCCCACUGACCUCUUCUCAGCUGCAUCCAGCACCCCUUUUACUCUUCCAAAAGGACCUGGUGAUAUUUCAAGGUCCAAAGAACAGGGCCCUGUUCAGCCAAGUUCCACAAACUUUCCCAGAACUCAGCAUGGAAUGAGAAAGAGGUCUUUUCAGAGCUCCUGGUACAAAGACUAUUCUUGGUUAGAAUAUUCUGUUAUUCAAGACUCUUCCUACUGCUUUGCCUGUAGGCAUUUUUCUUUGCCUAAUGCACCAGACAGUGUCUUUGCCUCGCAUUCUGGCUUCUGUAAUUGGAAAA